AUGCUCCCAUCACGGCUCGCACGACAGGCUCUGCGCUGUUUCCAUCGACCCCAUCAAAUCCCCAGGACCGCCUUCGCCAAGCCAUCACGAUUUUCCUCAGCCAAGGCGACACCUCGUCGAAAUGACAGGCCCGAGUUGCCUGACCACCGAAAGGUGGGCGCACAGCAGGAGCUGUUCAUGACGUCCGUCUACAGCCCCGGAUCGCCCAUCUUCCUACCCAACGGCGCGCGAAUCUUCAACCGCCUCGUCGACUUUCUCCGCCGGCAAUACGUCAGCUAUGGCUUUGAGGAGGUCAUCACGCCCAACAUCUACAAGAAGUCUCUGUGGGAGGUGUCGGGCCACCUGCAGAAUUACGCCGACGACAUGUACACCGUGACGAGUCGCGCCCGCCAGCUCGAAGCGACGAGCUGCUGCGGCGACCGCGAGCCGCCGACAGCGACGAACGACGGCAGCAGCCGGCUCGCCGAGGGCGAAGACGACGACUACGGCCUCAAGCCAAUGAACUGCCCGGGCCACUGCCUCAUCUUCGCGUCCAAGGCGCGCAGCUACCGCGACCUGCCGAUCCGCUACGCCGACUUUUCGCCGCUCCACCGCAACGAGGUCUCGGGGGCGCUCAGCGGGCUGACGCGCGUGCGGCGCUUCCACCAGGACGACGGCCACGUCUUCUGCCGGCCGGUGCAGAUCCAGCCCGAGGUGUUCCGGACGCUCGCCUUUAUGAAGAGCGUCUACGGCGCGCUGGGCCUCGGCGACGGCUACGCGUUUGCGCUGUCGACGCGGCCGGCGGACCACUACAUCGGCACGGACGCCGAGUGGGCGCGGGCCGAGGCGCAGCUGCGCGGCGCCCUCGAGCAGGCGGGCCUCGCGUACACGGUCAAGGCGGGCGACGGCGCGUUCUACGGGCCCAAGAUUGACGUCAUGCUGCGCGACUCGCACGGCAAGACGCACCAGGCCGGCACGAUCCAGCUCGACUUUCAGCUGCCGCAGCGCUUCGGGCUCGAGUACAGCGCGCCGGCGCCGGCGCUCGAGGCCCGCGGCGUGCCGCUCGCGGACGCCGACCCGGCGCUGCGCGAGACGUACGGGCCCGUGACGCCCGUGCUCAUCCACCGCGCCAUCCUCGGGUCCGUCGAGCGCCUCAUGGCGCUGCUGAUUGAGGAGUACAACGGCAGGUGGCCCUUCUGGCUGAACCCGCGGCAGGCGGCCAUCCUGACGCUCAACGACACGGACCCCGUCGUCGACUGGGCGGCCCAGGUGCAGAGGACGCUGCUGGGGGUCGAGGACGAGGGCGGUGCCGACGCCGGGCUCUCGCAGCCGCACCCGACGGGGUUCACGGUCGACGUGGACGUCAGCACGAGGCCCCUUGGCGAGAAGCUCGCCGAGGCGCGGGCCAAGGCGUACGGCAUGAUUCUCGUCGUGGGCAAGCAGAACGUCGAGCAGGGGACGGUCACGCUCAACAGCCGCGACGCGGCCACGCGCAGCAGGGAGGACCUGACGCCGACGGAUCUGCUGCGCCGGAUGAAGCAACUGGUCGACAAGUACCAGUAG